CAUUUCUUGCUGCCGUGUCGUCACAGCUCGCGAGCACCUCGUGACGUUGCAGCCAAUGUGCGCGUUCCCGUGGAGCUUUUCCGGUGGCGUUUCCUGUGUUUGUAAACUGACCAGAGCUGGAAUAAAAGAGCGAAAUCGAGCAGUACCGAGAAAAGACCUUGCCGCCCCAUGAUAGAGACUGGAGGGACGUGUGAGACACUUGGUCCGAACUGACGUCUUGUCUGCGCAUCUCGCCCGUCUCCCGCCGCCAUGUCACACAUACCCGGCAGCUCGGUCCGGGACCACAUGAAAUGGGCAGGGCUGUUGGGAUGUGAAGCGGUUCUGUCCAGCAUGGCUCUGAUGCAGGCCAGCUCCAUCGCCGCUCCUAAGAAAAUGAUGUCGCCCUUGGGUCCGGCUUCGGGCCACGGUUCGGCCCAGAGGGACGCGCAGGACCGCGGGGUGCAAGGACACAUGGUCCUACCGACGAGCAUGACCUGCCCUCCACUGGUUAGGGGACACCUUCAAGCUAUAGAUUUUAGAGAUGCACCGAUUGGCCGGGGACCGGAGUCCUCCGUUUUUCCGCAUGAUCGGCCGCUUCUGCGGAAGGAGGCUGAUUUUACGGCUCCCCGUCUGCUGGAUGAGAAGGAAAUGAGACCCGGUGAAGACAUGCAGCUGAAGAAAAAGAACAGGAAGUCGGGAACACCCUCAAAAGUGAGAGAGCAGGACGGGCAGGCGGGGAAGGCGGUCGUGGACGAAAACGGAAACUGUCCACUUUCAAAAGUCCAGAAGAACUUUAUCUGUGAUCACUGUUACGGGGCCUUCAGGAGCGGAUAUCACCUGAAGAGACACAUUCUCAUUCACACCGGAGAAAAGCCGUUCGCCUGUGCCGUGUGUGACAUGAGAUUUAUCCAGCGCUACCACUUGGAGCGACACAGCCUCACUCACACUGGAGUGAAGCCGUAUGCUUGUUCCAUGUGUGACAUGCGGUUUUUCCAACGUUACCACUUGGAGAGGCACAGCCUCACUCAUACUGGGGUCAAACCAUAUGCUUGCACCAUGUGUGACAUGAGAUUUUUCCAAAGAUACCACCUUCAGCGACACAGCCUCAUUCAUACGGGGGUGAAGCCGUAUGCUUGCUCCAUGUGUGACAGGCGUUUUUUCCAACGUUACCACCUCCAGAGACACAGCCUCACUCAUACGGGAGUGAAGCCGUAUGCUUGUUCCAUGUGUGACAUGAGGUUUUUUCAGCGUUACCACCUGCAGAGACACAGCCUAACCCAUACGGGGGUGAAGCCCUUUGCUUGCACAAUGUGUGAUAUGAGGUUUUUCCAACGCUACCAUCUCCAGAGACACACCAUCACCCACACGGGAGUGAAGCCGUAUGCUUGUUCCAUGUGUGACAUGCGUUUUUUCCACCGUUACCAUCUGCAGAGACACAGCCUCACUCAUACUGGGGUGAAGCCUUAUGCUUGCACCAUGUGCGACAUGCGUUUUUUCCAACGCUACCAUCUACAGAGACACAGCCUCACCCACACGGGGGUGAAGCCGUAUGCUUGCUCGAUGUGUGACAUGAGGUUUUUUCAGCGUUACCACCUGCAGAGACACAGCCUCACUCAUACGGGGGUGAAGCCGUAUGCUUGCUCGAUGUGCGACAUGCGGUUUUUCCAACGUUACCACUUGGAAAGACACAGCCUGACUCACACUGGAGAGAAGCCGUUCGCUUGCGACAUGUGCGACAUGCGGUUCAUUCAGAGGUACCACCUGGAGAGACACAAGCGCGUUCACAGCGGUGAAAAGCCGUACCAGUGUGAACGCUGCCAGCAGAACUUCUCGCGGACAGACAGACUGUUGAGACACCGGCGACUGUGUCAGGGUCGUGGCGUGGCCAAAGUGGAGGCCCAGCCUUGUUCUUUCACCCAGGAGCCUCCCGCAGCCCCUCCGUCCACGUGGAGUCCUCUACAUCCCGCCCCGGGCCGGCUCGCCGUCUGACUCCAUGCUCCCGAGACGACCGCUCACCCAGACCUCUCUCGCAGCCGCCGGCUCCGUGGCGCCACCUGCCGCCUGAGAGAUGCGCUGCAGACAGGAUGAGGGGAAAUCCUCCUCUUUUGUUUCUUUAUUUAGAAACAAACAAGGUUCUCUUUUGAUCCUUGAGGGUUGUUUUAUACUUUUUGGUAAUAUAUUAGGGGGUUUACGGUACUUUUAAGAAGCGGAGAACAAAAAAAAACACCUAACAUGGGAAUUUCAUGUUACUAACCAAAAGAAACAAAAGGUACAACCCAUCAUCUAUCGACUGACACCUAUUGAUACACACUUCACGUAAGAUGUAACACCACCGUUGUGUGAUAAACUUAGCAUCGUGUGUGAUGUAUAGGCCUGCUGUAAAGUGCUAUGGGUGAGUACCCUACUGUCCUGAGGACUCAGGUAACGUCCUACAACCAUCGCCAGAUCCGUUUGUAACACUGUACCCAUGUGUAACCAUAUGGAAAUGCACAGUGCGCUUCCACGUAUUAAUUCAUUAAGCAAUCACAGGCUUUUUUCUCAAUGAUAAAUGUUUGAUCUGAUAUUGUAAUUAUGUAUGACUCUGAAAGAUGUGUAUAUUACUAUGUGUGACAGCUGGUUUGUUCUCCGUCAUUGGCGUGAGCUGGUGGGAACGACGACCGCUCUCUGGAAGCGUCCCUUUCUCUGACGUCGCUCGCUUAACGACCGGCAAAUCUCGCAAGACCCGUCGAGGCCAUGUUUUGGGGUCCCCGCCACCAUCGGUUUUGACGCCAUUAGGGUUUUCGUUCUUACAGUAUUUUCCAUGAACGUUUCGAUGUUCUGCGUUAAAAUAACACUUUUUGGCUCUAUUCGGGCAAUAGGAGCUGUCAAUAACAUCCCUUUUCUUGAGAAGUCGGCUGGUUGCGUUACGUAACGAGAAAUACCAUUUUUUUUAACGCUAAAGAUUUGCUUCCCCCUUCCUGAUUUGAGCGACACAUGGCCGAGAGACGCUCUUGUGAGAUUUGUGUAGAGUUAAUGCAUCUACACGGUCAAUGACGCAAUGAAAACAUCCGAAAGCCCCGCAAUUUCAUGUACAGAUUUAUAUGUGCGACAUAUAAUAAGAUCUUGUGGCCUUAGGGUGUAUUCGUGCGCAUUUUGUUUUUUUUUACGCCAUAAUUAUAUACGUAUUAUUUUACUGAAAUAUCGACAUGGAGACGGACGGUCUGCCUGGUGUUUUCUUUCCAAAGUUAUUUUAACGUUAUAUUGCCUUGUGUUGAAGCACAGCUGUGUUGAAAUAUCUCUCGAUAUAGAUUCGUUGUUUCGUUGUAAUAUCCGAGAAGGAGUGGAGGUUUCCGGCGUGACGUGGCAGCGUUGUCUUACGUAUCUUACGGAUCUUCGUAUGCAAUGCCCUUCGCUACACGUGGGCCACCAAUCAGACGACGAGGAGAGAUCUGAUGUUAUUGUUGCACCAAAUGAUAUUGUAUCCGUCAGUUUAUUAACUUCUCAUUCUAUCGUUAACAUGAUAUCUGCUGUUGGACGAGAGUCUCGUCUGUAUUUUUUAAGAGCUGAUGGACAACUAGGGAUCGAGUCGGGCAUUUCCUCGCAUCAGAAUGCUUUCUGGCGACUACCAAGAGUAUAUCUUUAGAGGGAUGUCUGCCGUUUAUUGACAGAAGAUUGCUGCAUUUCUUUGUAACGACUGAAUAUUUUUCUUUGUAUUGUUACAUGUUUAUAUACUGUAACCGAAUUGGUUAAACCUUUUAGUUCUAUAGUAACGAUCUUUGUGUAUUUUAAGGACCUUUCUAUGCUAAUAUAAUUUUAAAACACUGGAGAGAAACGUGUGAAACCAUCAUCUCUAUACAUAUACAGUUGAAGAAACACACACAUACGUAGUCGGUGGUUGCUAAUCAAAGCGUCUCUCCACAUUUUGCCGUUCGCAUACUCUGACUUGAGAGAAAGAAGCAAUAGAAGUCAAGCCUUUUAAAUUAUUUCAUGCAUUUACUUGGACAGAGAAAGAUUAUCAGUAGUAGUUAACAAAUCAUCACUUUUUUUUUACUACUUUUUCUUCUUGCAUGAUACUGCAGACGGUGAUUCAACAACUUCACUGAAUUGCUUAUCUUCAGCUGAGGGUGUUUUCCAAAAAAUAAUAAUAAUAAUAAUCCGAUAGCAAAAGAAACGUUUUGUUAACUGACACUUCGGUAACAUUUGUUUUUGUGAGAAGACCAGAGUUGCUUACUUUAUGCAUAAAUAAAAUACUAAAUAAAAUGUGUGGUUUUCA